AUGAACAAGUUCUUUUCCUUCUUCGUGUCCGCUGCCGUACUCGCCACUUCGGGCAUGGCACAGAGCAUCGCCCCGGGCGCGUCUGUCCAGUUCCACUCCACGCAGAACCCGAGCGCAAACCUCUGCCUCGGCGCCGUCGCCGGCACUCAGCAAUCCGAGCUCCUCCUUGAGCCCUGCACGCGCUCCCUAACGACCUUCAAGCUCCCGAACGGCGCGCCCCUGAACGCGACGCAGAUCCAGCUCGUCGACAGCCAAACCGGACCCGGUCAACCCCAGCCGCUCUUGUGCAUCACCGCGCGCGAGGCCCAAGCGGGGAAUACGCCCGUCAUCCUCCAGACGUGCGACGCGGACGAUCUGUUGCAGGGCUGGCGCGUAAAUGAUGGGAAGGGGACGGGCGAGAUCGAGAGUACGGCGCCGAUUAUGGCUGCAGUUUGUUUGACUGCUGUGGGGAGUAAUCAGGGGGAUCCUGUUGAGUUUAGGAACUGUACUGGUGCGGCGAGCCAGCAGUGGACUACUGUUGUGGUCUAG